ACCCAAGACAAAGUUCAGCCCCCGCCCGCUCCAGGGCCGCCGCCUCCUUCUCCUCUCUGCUCCGCGGGUUCGCCUCGCGGGGCCCGGAUCCGGCCGUGCAUUUCCCGCAGGCGCUGCGGAGCAGCGAGGUUCCAGGCGGCCGAGGGCUGUCCUCUCUCCGGCGGGGCCAUGAAGGUCGAGUUUGCGCCUCUCAACAUCCCGCUGGCGCGGCGACUGCAGACAGCGGCGGUGUUCCAGUGGGUCCUGUCCUUCCUGCUACUCGCGGAGGUGUGCAUUGGGAUCCUUCUCAUACUGAUCAUAUACAACUACUGGUUCCUCUACAUCCCUUAUUUGACGUGGCUUUACUUUGACUGGCGUACCCCAGAGCAAGGAGGUAGGAGAUCCAACUGGGUCAGAAGCUGGACCGUUUGGAGGUACUUUAAGGACUAUUUUCCAAUUCAUCUCAUCAAAACUUUGGAUUUGGAUCCAAGUCACAACUACAUAUUUGGGUUUCACCCGCAUGGAGUGCUCGUGGCUGGAGCCUUUGGAAAUUUUUGUACAAAUUAUUCGGACUUCACGAAGCUGUAUCCUGGCUUUACUGCGUAUCUGCAUGUGCUCCCAAUUUGGUUCCGGUGUCCUCUCUUCCGAGAAUAUCUGAUGAGCAGUGGGCCAGUCUCCGUUUCCAAGAAAAGUUUGUGCCACGUGCUGAGCAAGGAGGGAGGUGGAAACAUUUCAAUCAUUGUGCUUGGGGGUGCAGAGGAAUCAUUAGAUGCCCAUCCUGGAAAAUUCACUCUGUUCAUCCGCCAGCGGAAAGGAUUUGUGAAAAUUGCUUUGACCCAUGGUGCCCAUUUGGUCCCUGUGUUUUCUUUUGGUGAAAAUGAACUAUUUAAACAAGUAAGCAACCCGGAAGGUUCGUGGCUUCGUACCGUGCAGGAUAAACUACAGAAGGUCAUGGGGUUUGCUUUGCCACUGUUCCAUGCCAGAGGAAUCUUUCAAUACAGUUUUGGCCUGAUGCCCUAUAGGAAACCUAUUCACACUGUUGUUGGCCACCCAAUUCCUGUUCGUCAGACUCUGAACCCAACCUCAGAGCAGAUUGAGGAGCUGCAUCAGACUUAUAUGGAUGAGCUAAAGAAAUUAUUUGAGGAGCACAAAGGGAAGUAUGGUAUUCCAGAGACCGAAACUCUCAUUUUUAAAUAACUACACCCUUCCAAGGCAUACAGGAGGAGGAGAGAAUAUCCUGUUGAGAGAAUAAAUAUUUUAAACAAGUUUAUUUUUUUUCUUUGACUAUGGAAUCAAACUUGCAACUGAAAAGUAUUAUUUAUAGUGACACGUGGAUGUAUAUUUGUGGUAAAUA